AUGCCUGUUUUCCAUACAAAAACAAUCGAGAGCAUAUUAGAACCUGUAGCGCAGCAGGUAUCUCGACUAGUAAUUCUACAUGAAGAAGCCGAAGAUGGAAAUGCUAUGCCCGAUCUGGAGCGGCCGGUACAGGCUGUAUCCAGAGCUGUCACAAACUUAGUCAAGGUCGGGCGAGAUACUAUAAACAGCUCAGAGGAUGACAUUCUCAAACAAGACAUGCCGAGUGCUUUACUUCGGGUCGAAGAGGCUUCCCGUCUACUCGAAGACGCUUCGGCAAUGCUUAAGCAAGACCCUUAUUCCGGCCCUGCUCGGAAAAAGUUAAUAGAAGGAUCUAGGGGUAUUUUACAGGGAACGUCAGCACUUUUGCUAUGUUUUGAUGAAUCUGAGGUCAGAAAAAUUAUGCGGGAAUGCAAAAAGGUUUUGGAUUAUCUAGCCGUAGCUGAAGUUAUAGACACAAUGGAAGAUUUAAUACAAUUCUUAAAAGAUCUCAGUCCGUGCUUGAGCAAGGUUUCACGAGAAGUGAGUGCUCGUGAAAAAGAAUUGACACAUCAGGUUCACAGCGAGAUUUUAGUUAGAUGCCUUGAACAAGUCAAAACUUUAGCUCCGAUUUUGAUUUGCAGCAUGAAGAUCUAUAUCCACAUUAUGGAUCAAGGUGGCAAGGGUGCGGAAGAGGCAUCUGAAAAUAGAAACUAUUUAUCGUCAAGAAUGUCUGAUGAAAUUCAUGAGAUUAUUAGAGUCUUACAGUUAACUACAUAUGAUGAAGACCAGAGCGAAUUGGACAACCUGACAGUAUUGAAAAAACUAAGCAAUGCCAUCCACACAAAAAUGUUGACUGCUACAGACUGGCUUAGUGAUCCACGCGCUUUGAGGGGAGGCGUAGGAGAAAAAUCCUUAAGACAGAUUAUAGAAACUGCUCGGCGUGUAUGCGAUCAUUGCUUACCGCAGGACGCGGCGCAGAUAUCACGUCUAGCUGGAGAAAUAGCCUCUAAGACGGAUGCACUGUGCGAACUGCGCCAAGCUGGUAAAGGAAACACACCUCAAGCGCAGGCACUUGCUGAUGAAAUAAAGGAAAAGCUGACGCAAUUACAACAAGCAGUCAUGGGAGCCGUCCUCGGGGUAGACAAGGCUGGUUUGCAACAGACCGCUCACACAGUACAAGGAAGAUUAGAACAGGCUCGGAAAUGGCUCCAAUCGCCGGCCAGCGAUGAUCGCGGUCUUGGACGUCGCGCUAUAGCACUUAUUGUUGAUGAAGGAAAAAAGGUCGCUGAGGGUCUCCCGGGUAUUCACAAAGCCGAAAUUUUGCAACUGUGUGAGGAAGUAGAAUCUUUAUCUCACCAGCUCGGAGGCUUAUGUAGCAAAGGACUUGGAGACUCGCCACAAGCUCAAGAACUGGCAAGAAAACUGUCUCAAAAAUUGCAUGAGCUUAAAGAACGUAUUCAAAGCGCAGUCGUAAAUCGAGUUGUUGAAGACUUCAUUGAUAUUUCGACUCCUUUGAAGCAAUUUACCGAAGCUGUUAACGUUCCCGAAGGCACUCCUGGAAGAGAACAAAACUUCACCGAAAAGGCAAAUAAUCUUCAAGCCUUCAGUAAUCGCGCAUCUAAAACUAGUAGAAUGGUGGCAGCUGGUGGAUCUAGCGGCAACAAGAAAAUAGCCGAGGCAUUGCUGUCGGCUGCUUCACAAGUUGAUAGCUUGACGCCCCAAUUAAUUUCUGCUGGUCGCAUUAGAAUGAAUUACCCAGAUAGUAAGGCAGCUGAAGAACAUUUAAACAAUCUUAGGCAGCAGUAUGCAGAUACCAUUAUCAAGGUUCGAAAUCUAUGUGACCAAGCAACAGAUCCUGCUGACUUUAUUAAAACUUCAGAGGAGCAGAUGCAAAAACAUACAUUCCUAUGCGAAGAAGCAAUAAGAAACAAACUACCUCAGAAAAUGGUGGAUAACACAUCGAGCAUUGCAAGAUUGGCAAAUCGCGUUUUGCUUGUUGCGAAACAAGAAAGCGACAACUCUGAAGAUCCACAAUUUAUUUCUAAUGUGAAUACUGCCUCUGACGAAAUGUUGGGAUAUGUUGCUCCAAUGGUUCAAGAUGCUAAGCAAGUUGCUCUCAAUCCAUCUGAUCAGUCAGCAGUAUCUCGGUGGAGAGACACCAAUAAAAACUUGCUAAACAGCGUUGGAAAAGUUCGUCGUGCAGUAAUGGUUACACCGGAUCUACCACCACCACCAGAUAUGAACAAAUUGUAUCUACAAGAUGUAGAAAGUGUUCCUCCACAGCAAUACAGCUACUUUGCAGACAGAGUUGGCGAGUGCUUGCGUUCCGCCCCCGAACCAGAGCAAAGAUUGACUGCGGCUUCACCAUUGGGAGACAGCAAACAUAGGCCGGUCAGUCCUUUACCAAAAUGGGCCAGAGGCGAUAGUUCUGAUUUACUUUGCCGUGAACUGACUUCGGAUGACGAAAUGGCACGCGAGUAUGAUAGAGAAAAUGCACCACCACGUCCGCCACUGCCACGUGGAGAGGCUCCACCAAGCAGACCGCCUCCACCAGAAACAGAUGAUGAAGACGAAGUAUUCAAGUCGGCACCAUUACCAAAUCAACCGAUUAUGAUGGCCGCUCACGGUCUUCACGAAGAAGUGCGGCAGUGGUCGUCGAAGGACAACGAAAUUAUUGCUGCAGCUAAAAAGAUGGCAAUACUCAUGGCUAAAUUAUCACAACUUGUUCGAUCCGAUUCUAAAGGAAGCAAACGCGAGUUGAUUGCCACAGCAAAAGCAAUCGCUGAAGCAUCAGAAGAGGUGACGCGUUUGGCGAAACAAUUGGCCCGUGAAUGUACCGACAAGAGAAUUCGAACCAAUUUGCUUCAAGUUUGUGAAAGAAUUCCAACGAUUGGUACACAGCUCAAGAUACUCUCAACAGUCAAAGCUACAAUGUUAGGUGCUCAAGGCACCGAGGAAGAUCAAGAGGCCACUGAUAUGCUUGUUGGAAAUGCACAAAACCUUAUGCAAAGUGUCAAAGAAACUGUACGAGCUGCUGAAGGAGCAAGCAUCAAAAUCAGAUCUGAUCAAACAAAUCACAGACUGCGCUGGGUUCGUAGACAACCAUGGUAUCAAUACUAAGUUUCAACUGGAGAAGAAUAUUUUUCUCGAAUAAUAAAUUAAACGUAAGCGAUGAAAAUUUCGUGAAAAUUUCUUUAAGGUAGCUUUUUAAUCGUAAGUAUAUAUAUUUGUGCCAUUAUUUAUUUAGUUAGAAAAAACAUAGUGUAACAGAUUAUUUUUGAUAGAGCUUUAAUAAUGCAAAACUUAAA